AUGACAAACAUAGCUAGGGAGCUCCUGAAGAAGCAAUUUAUAGAACUUUCGCGAGAUCACAACGCUGGUUUUUCUGUUGGACUUGUUGACGACUCAAACUUCUUCGAAUGGAACGUAUGCUUUGAAGGACCAAAAAAUACUUUAUAUGAAGGAGGUAUAUACAAUGCCACUCUUUCAUUUCCCUCGGAUUUCCCAAAUCAACCACCUCAAAUGAAAUUCACCCAAGAAAUGUGGCAUCCAAAUGUUUUCCCGGAUGGGAAAGUCUGCAUAAGUAUAUUACACCCACCAGGUGUGGAUAUAUACAACGAGCAAGAAAAGCCAGAAGAACGGUGGAGACCCAUCUGGUCAGUCGAAGGAAUUUUGGUUAGUGUAAUUUCAAUGUUAAAUGAACCCAACUUGGAAUCCCCUGCCAAUGUAGAUGCUGCGGUUCAAAUAAAAAACAAUCUGAACGAAUACAAAAAAAAAGUUCGCGCUUUAGCUAGAAUGUGCUAA